AGGAAAGGCCGGUCCAUGGAAACUUGAUAUCAAAACCGUGGACUCUGCGAAAUCCCCACGACGUAGUCUGUCACGUUAUUUUGACCAGAUACGGAAAAUUCAUCUUGGAGACGUUUAUACGGAUCUUUAUAGUGGAUCUCAUUGGAACCCGCCAUGGACUCAAGAGCAGGGGGAUAUGGCAUGGCUCGUGUCGGGUUGUUUUUGGCUUUGAUGGGGCUGUGGAGGUUCAGUGAUGCUUGCCCCAAAUCAUGCACUUGCACCAUCUCUAAGAUUGUUUGCAUCGAUUCUGAGCCGGGAAUCGAGGAUUUCCCUUCUCUCACGAUAGAUGACAUGGAAAACAUCACAGAGAUAUACAUUGCCAAUCAGAACAGACUAUACGACAUUGAGGACAGCAGUUUAAGGCGCUACAUAAACCUGAGAAACCUCACAGUUACAAGAACCAAUUUGACCAACAUAUCAGUUAAUGCAUUUUAUAACAAUACCAGGCUCCAAUAUGUAGAUUUAAGGGACAAUAACAUAUCGACUUUAUCAUGGAGAAUAUUUCAGAACUUGUUAAACACUUAUUCGCUCCUCCUCUCUGGUAACCCUUUGGACUGCAUUUGUGAGAACCUGUGGAUUAAACUGCGGCCCCAAGAGGAAAUGGAGAGCCAAGAGUUGAAAUGUUUUGAUGAGGGAGGAGCUCCCCAAGAUUUUUUCAACUUCACACCACCUGACUGCAGGAUUCCAAGAGUAGUAGUGGCUCCUACCACAGUGACAGAGAUGGAGGGCCAUAAUGUUCGAGCAUUGUGCAAAGCCUCUGGUUCUCCAGUUCCUCAGAUAGAGUGGAACAUUGAUGUUCUUGACACAGACCAUGAUAUUGAGGAGAAAGACACAGAGAGCAGUCUCACCCUCUCUGGCCUGUCUCCAGCGGAUAAUGGCCGGGUGAUCACAUGCAGCGCUCAGAACAUGGUCGGUCAGUCAGAGGCCACGCUUCAGCUCAACAUCCUCUUUGCCCCUACUAUAGAGCAGCUGCUGCCUCCUGAACGGGACCACCACUGGUGCAUCCCAUUCAGUGUAAUUGGGAACCCCAAACCAGAGCUGCAGUGGUACCAUGAGAACAUCCCACUACAAGAACAAGACUACAUCCGCACCAUGAUCCACGAAUCCACAGAGAGUGUAGAUCACGGCUGUUUGCAGCUAGUCAACCCCACUCACAUCCACAAUGGUGUCUACAGACUGGUGGCAAAGAACAAAUAUGGACGUGACGUCAAAAACAUCACUGCCCAGUUCAUCAAACCACCCAAACUCGACCCUCUAGAUCCCUCACCGCUGGAUGAUAGUGUUGCUGUGUAUGUUGUUGUUGGAAUAGCUGGAGUUGCUUUGACUGGUUGUGUUUUGAUGGUGAUUAUACUAAAAUACGGAAGAAACUCCAAGUUUGGAAUAAAAGGCUCUUCCUCUGUCAUCAGUAAUGACGAUGACUCUGCCAGCCCUCUUCAUCACGUCUCCAAUGGCAACAACACCCCGUCGUCCUCGGAGAUGGGCCCAGACGCAGUGAUCAUUGGGAUGACAAAGAUUCCUGUCAUUGAGAACCCACAGUACUUCCGUAACUCCGGCAGCAUCUUGAAAUCGGACACAUUUGUUCAGCACAUCAAGAGACACAACAUAGUGUUAAAGCGAGAGUUGGGAGAAGGGGCAUUUGGGAAGGUCUUUCUGGCUGAGUGCUACAGCCUGACACCAGACCAGGACAAGAUUCAUGUAGCAGUCAAGACCCUGAAAGAGGCCAGUGAGAGCGGUCGAGCAGACUUCUACAGAGAGGCAGAGCUGCUGACCAAUCUGCAGCACGAGCACAUAGUCACUUUCUAUGGAGUGUGUGUGGAGAGUGACCCACUCAUCAUGGUGUUUGAAUACAUGAAGCAUGGGGACCUAAACAAGUUCCUCAGGUCCCAUGGGCCAGAUGCGAUCCUCAUGGCAGACGGUCAGCACAGUAUCCUGGUGGAGCUCACUCAGUCCCAAAUGCUCCACAUUGCCCAACAGAUUGCUGCUGGCAUGGUCUACUUGGCCUCUCAGCAUUUUGUCCACAGAGACUUGGCCACUAGGAACUGCCUUGUAGGGGAAAACCUUCUGGUCAAAAUUGGUGACUUUGGCAUGUCCAGAGAUGUGUACAGCACAGACUACUACAGAGUGGGUGGUCAUACCAUGCUGCCGAUUCGCUGGAUGCCCCCAGAGAGCAUCAUGUAUCGGCGGUUCACCACAGAGAGUGACGUGUGGAGCCUGGGGGUGGUGCUCUGGGAGAUCUUCACCUAUGGCAAACAGCCCUGGUACCAGCUCUCCAACAAUGAGGUAAUUGAGUGCAUCACCCAGGGCCGGGUUCUGCAGCGGCCCCGGACUUGUCCCAAGGAGGUGUAUGAUUUGAUGCUGGGCUGCUGGCAAAGAGAGCCCUACAUGAGACUAAACAUUAGGGAGAUCCAUGCCCUCUUGCAAAGUCUGGCCAAGGCCUCCCCUGUCUACCUGGAUAUACUGGGCUGA